AUACACAUUACGCGGUCUAGUUUGCGGUUGGCCGCCUCGGACGACGCCCGUGUGUACUUGACGCGCUCGCUCUGAAUUUCGAUACAGAAAGGUUUAUUAUUGAAAUACAGAAUAGGCCGGCAAUAUGGAAUUCUAAAUCUGCGGAGUAUUCCGGUAGAAAUUUACGACAAAAAACCUGGGAAGAAUUGGUAGAAAUCUAUGGAACUGAUUCAACACGGGAUAAAAAAAGCUUGGUGUGUUAAGUAAAAUUUAGAAAGAAAGAAAUCCGAAAAUAACGACGAUCGCCUCUUUUAUGUCAUUGGUAAAAGAUAUCAAGAAAAUACACGAGCACUUGCAAAUGCACGCAAAGUUAGAUAUUCUUAGAGUAAUUAAGGAUGCACAACAGGUUUGUUAUUAUUCAAAUUCGUCAUGGGGUAUUUCAAGGGCUCAUACCAGUCAUGGAUAUCAAACGGCACAUUACUCGUAUUCAAGAAAUAACCCACAAGAGCCUACACACUCAAUGGACGCUGGACGACCACCUCGAAAUAUGGACGUUGGACGACCACCUUCUCAUAAUAUGGACGUACAAUCGCCAAUUCUUACAUUGACCUUUUUAAUUCUACUAAGGACACAGAAUGAUUCAACUGUUUGACCAUUUGAUAAAUAAAUAACGAAUUAAACAUAAAAUAUUUCAUUU